AUGUUCCCCUUGCAGCUGUUCAACAUCUUUUUCACCGCUUCUACAGUCCAGGAACGUGUCUCUAAGGACGACCUGUCCCAGUACACGCGGGGGGACCUGCUCGAGGUCCCCAGGACGCUAUUCACCCACUUUGGGAUUUACUUGGGGGACAACCGGGUCGCCCACCUCAUCCCGGACAUCCUCCCUGUGUUUUCCCAGAACAAAGCGGCCAUCAGCGAGAUGGUGACCAACCUACGGCUGAUCCUAGGGGUCGUGGCCAAGGCGGCCAGCGUCAGGGUGGACUCCGUGGCGGACUUCGCCUACGGCUCGGAGGUCCUGGUCAACCACAUGGACGCCGUGUGUAACCAGCCGGCACUGGAGGCUGAGGAGGUGGCCCGCAGGGCGGAGGAGCUCCUGGGCUCCAUCAGCUACAGCCUGCUGUGGUACAACUGUGAGCACUACGUCAUGUACUGCCGGUACGGCCUGGUCAUCAGCUACCAGACCUACCAGUUUUGCACAGCGGUCAGGAAGACGGUGUGUAGCCGGACCAGUGCCUACCUCACGGCUCUCCUUGGCGUAGGGGCGAUGCUGUAUCUGGGCUCCGCUGCGUCGCUAACCAGCGUCAUCUUCCUGCUCGUUUCCUUCAUCCUCUGGAUGACCUCAUAGUGGCCACUGCAGGGAAUGAACAUGAAUCUCAGUCUCAACAACGGCACCGGUAAUGAGAUAGUGAGGUCACAGGUCUCUUUAAACUCACUUCCCUAAACCUUUGUCCAACUACGGGUCAUGGCACUAGUGAAGUACAUGCAUCGGUUUGAGCUGGUAAUACGAUUGGAAGAGGAACGCUUUAACCACAAACUCAAAUGACUGGAGCUGUUUGGCUUGGUGAUGAUAAUGUUCACCUGCCACUCAUCCCCACUGUUACAUGAUCAAAAAGUGAGUACUGAAACAAAAGGGUAGAAAUGAAUAGCUCAUGAAUUCAACUCUACGACUAUAAAAGUAAAUGAUUCAAUAGAGCUGUAGAAACAAAUGUUCCGUACAGAAGUAGAGCCAUACAUUGCAAUGGUCUAUGCAAAAACAAUAUUCUUGUUAAUUCAGCCUUGAAUCACAGUUGAUAACACAUUAGUUUGAUUUCAAACAAAUUCGAUUUUUUUUAAGUUGUCUAGAACAAGUGCACUGACCUUAGACUUUUGAUAUGUCCCGUUGUUUAUGUGAUGUUAGCGACCAAUAUUGAUUGCUAAUCAUUAAAA